UUUUCCUUUGCUGCUUGUGCCUAUUCCCCUCUUCCGAGAUCUCGCCUGGUCCCAUGGCCGCCGCCACCCCCUGCACAGCACGACCAUAGGGCUGGCGCCCCCUCCUAUUCUGGUGCUCGUGCUUCCUUCCCUCUGCUGGUCCGCAGCAGCUAGAUUUGGCCGCGAUAGAGAGGGUCUGCAUUGUGGAUCUGCAUCUGCAAUAGAGGAGAAGGAAAGGUCAUGAACUGCGAUUGGGCUGAUCUUGUUGCUGGGCUCGAUGGAGAGCCUGAGCAUAGUUUAGUGCCAGUAGAAGCACCUGGUAUAGUAGAUGAAGCUUUACCUCCUGCAGUAGAGUUGCCAGCACAAAUUAUUGAUUGGAAUGCACUUGAAAUAACUGAAAUAUAUGAUGAGUAUGAAGGAAGGUUGGAAAUCAUCGAGGAUGACCAUGUGUUUCGACUUUUGGGUUUGAGAGAUGAGGAAGAAAAUGCCGAGAAGGCUAGAAAAGAUGCAGGAAUAGGUGGUAUGCCUGCUGAGACGCCUGCUGAUAAAGCAUAUUGCCAUCUUGGAGUUGAUACUUGUAACAGAUCAGCCCAUUGGGCCAGUGGGCCAAAAAUGAAUAGUGCUGGGCCGAUGUUACUGUAG